UGAGUGAUCAUCCAAGACUGGUGAUUCCAUAUUUUUUGCCAGGGGUUGGUUGUAUAUUUGUGCCAAAUCAGACCCAAAUUGGGCUUACAACACUUUCAGUUCUAUUUUAAACCUUUACUCACAUGUUUGCAGUUUCACAAAUCARUCUGUUAGUGGUCUGCCUCUGCAAAGAGCCCGAGCAAAGACUUGAUAGAACCUGCUCUACUUUCACYCUCAUGAAUCAUUAGGUGACGUCUAAAAGUCACUUAAUACUCAGACCUUGUCAGACGGUUUUCAGAAUGAUAAAAGAGGUCCAGUUGGUACACGCUUUGCUGUCACUUAAAACUUGAGAAACAACGUCAGCAAUGUCCAAUGUCCACUGGCUGUUGCUCUCAGCAGGCUGAGACAAAGGCAAAGUGAUGAAGUUAGCACGUGAUCUUUCGUGGUUAAAGGGAAACCAUAUAAGCCAGUGAAGAURAGUACAGUUGACAGCUGUUCCACUCAGACGUAGGAGUCACACACGCACUGUGAAGAUCCCUGUUCACACGAUCCUGCAAAAAAAAGACCAAAAUGAAUGAGACAACUACCUAUAUGUUUGAUGAGGACAUGUAUUAUACAUCAACUGAUCCAGGUGACUACGAGAUGACUGAUGACUCGGGCAUGUGUGACAAAAGCUGGGUCAGGCAGUUUCGUGGUGAGUACGAGCAACCCCUCUUCUGGAUCAUCUUCACCCUCGGCUCUGUGGGAAACCUGCUGGUGGUUUGGAUCUACACCGCAGUGCGCAACCGCUUCAAAACGAUGACCGACGUGUACCUGCUGAACCUGGCUGUGGCCGACCUCCUCUUCCUGUGCACGCUGCCCUUCUGGGCUGCAGAUGCCACCAAGGGCUGGGGCUUCGGGCUCAGUCUCUGCAAAAUUGUGUCCGCCGUCUACAAGAUCAACUUCUUCAGCAGCAUGCUCCUUCUCACCUGCAUCAGCGUGGACCGUUACAUCGCUAUUGUGCAAGUCACGAAGGCGCAGAACUUAAAGAAAAAGACGCUGUUCUACAGUAAGCUCGCUUGCCUCGGCGUCUGGUCUGUCUCCACGUUACUGGCCCUCCCYGAGUUCAUCUUCGCGCAGGUCAAGGUGGAGGAGAACUCGCAGCAAUCCUUCUGCACUCUGGUCUACUGGGACAAYGCAUUCAACCGGACAAAGAUCCUGGUGCUGUCCCUGCAGAUCACCAUGGGCUUCUGCCUCCCUAUGUUGAUCAUGUUCUUCUGUUACUCAGUCAUCAUCCGCACCCUUCUGCAGGCCAAAAACUUUGAAAAGCACAAGGCCCUGAGGGUCAUCUUCGUCGUGGUGUUUGUGUUCGUCCUCUCCCAGCUGCCCCACAACGCCCUGCUGAUCGUGGAGGCCACGCAGGCCGCUAACACCACCAUCACCGACUGCGAGACUGUGAUGCGCUUCGACAUCGCCGGACAAGUUGCAAAGAGCUUGGCUUUCACCCACGCCUGCCUCAACCCCUUCCUGUACGUUUUUAUCGGGGUUCGGUUCAGGCAGGACCUCCUGAAGAUGGUUAAGAUGUGCGCUGGUGGUCUGAGCAAAGGAGGGUUCAGCAAAGUCCAGUCAGUUUCCAAACGUCCCUCAGUCAUGUCAGACACUGACACAACCCCUGCUCUCUCCAUAUAAAUGAUUAUUCGCCAUAAAUACAACCAGUGGAGUCUGGUGAUCAUGCUUUACAAUUCUUUCCUCAAAUGCUACAAUACCAUUUACAACUCUGCAAACACAGAUCUGUCUGAUCUUUAUUUGCAUUAACAUCACAGUCACAGCCAUAUCUGUUCCCCUGGUAUCACUGUACAAACUGUAUAAAGAUGUAAAUACUGUUUUAUAAAUGUGUGUUUUUAGUAUUUUUAAUUUUUUUUUUUGCAUUUGUGCUUCCUGUAUUUGAACAUACCUGUAUUUUUGACUUUCAUGUGUAAAACAGUCAUUAAUAAAAAAGGAGCUUGCGGUCUUACACCUUUGCAUUGUCCUCAACAGCAAAACACAAAAAGGAAGGAAGAAAACCGACUGAGGUGCAACUUGUAAAUGAACGCACCGUGAUGAGCUCAACAGUUUGUAUUUGAGAAAGUCUGCUUUCACUGGCAUAACGUACCCGCUGUGGGUGAGAACAUGCUUGAAUGUGGCUGCGUCAGUCCACAAGGUUUUCGAUCUGACUGGAUAGUCCCCGUUUUUUGUCUGUCUGCGCCGUACUAUGUGCCGACACUCUAGUUGGUAAAGUUUUACUAUGACUCGGCAGUUCCGCCGUGAAUGCUGGCAGAGGCCAAUUCAAACUGACACGAGAGACGUUUCUCACAUUUGGUGUCAUAACGACUGUAACCCAGACAAACAACAGUCAGACAGACAGACAAAGUGAAAAAAAAAAAAAAAACGAACUCGCCAUGUUCAGGGGCAACUUUAGGUUGAUGCACAGGAUUUCAGUUUCGCCAACUUCAAAAAGAGCCACACGCAACAGUUGAAUGCGCAGCUCUUAAAUCGAGAGUGGAGAUACUGAAGGUUCUCUGCAAAGGGGCAUGAACAGUUAGCAUCUUACUUGUUGUAGAUAGAUUUUUGAACAACCUCAGUUUGGAGAAAUAAAGUUAACUUCUUUACCAUC